CCAGACACCGCUGCACCAUGAGCGUCUCUAUGCUGAGCCCCACCAGAGCCCUGGGCGGCAUCUCUGGGCUCCUGCAGGUGGCCGCCCUGCUCGGCCUGCUUCUGCUUCUGCUCAAGGCGGCACAGCUCUACCUGCGCAGACAGUGGCUGCUCAAAGCCCUCCAGCAGUUCCCGUCUCCUCCUUUCCACUGGCUCUAUGGACACAUGCGGGAGUUCCAAGCGGAGGGUGAGCUUCAAGCCCUACUGAAAAGGGUAGAGAAAUACCCGCGUGCCUGUGCUCGCUGGUUUUGGGGGACAAAAGCUCAAGUAUUGGUCUACGACCCGGACUACAUGAAGCUGAUCCUGGGGAGAUCAGAUCCAAAGUCUCCUGAGUCCUACAGAUUCGCGAUUCCCUGGAUUGGGAAUGGAUUGCUCCUCUUGGAGGGGCAGAGGUGGUUCCAGCACCGGCGGAUGCUGACCCCAGCCUUCCACUAUGACAUCCUGAAGCCCUACGUGCGUCUCAUGGCUGACUCUGUGCGCGUGAUGCUGGACAAGUGGGAGGAGCUCGUCAGCCAAGACGCACAUCUGGAGAUCUUUGGACACGUCUCCUUGAUGACCCUGGACACCAUCAUGAAGUGCGCCUUCAGCCACCAGGGCAGCAUCCAGACAGACAGGAACUCCCAGUCCUACAUCCAGGCCAUCAGGGACCUUGAAUAUCUGAUUUUUUCCCGAUUGAGGAAUAUCUUCCACCAGAAUGACAUCAUCUACAGACUGACCCCUGAAGGCCGUUGGCACCACCGGGCCUGCCAGCUUGCCCAUCAACACACAGACAGAGUGAUCCAGCUGAGGAAGGCUCACCUGCAGAAGGAGCGAGAGGUGGAGAAGGUGAGGAACAAGAGGCAUUUGGAUUUCCUGGACAUCCUUCUCUUUGCCAGAGUGGAGAAUGGAAGCAGCUUGUCAGACACGGACCUCCGUGCUGAGGUGGACACGUUCAUGUUUGAGGGUCACGACACCACAGCCAGUGGCAUCUCCUGGCUCCUCUAUGCUCUGGCCUCCCACCCUGAGCAUCAGCAGAGGUGCCGGGAAGAGAUUCAGAGCCUGCUGGGGGAUAGCGCCUGCAUCACAUGGAACCACCUGGAUCAGAUGCCCUACACCACCAUGUGCAUCAAGGAGGCACUGCGACUCUAUCCGCCAGUGCCUUUUUAUGGCAGAGAGCUCAGCAAGCCCAUCACCUUUCCUGAUGGCCGCUCCUUACCUGCAGGACUCACACUCACCCUCUCCACUUACGGGCUUCACCACAACCCGAAGGUGUGGCUGAACCCAGAGGUGUUUGACCCAUCCCGGUUUGCACCGGGGUCUUCUCAACACAGUCAUGCCUUCCUGCCCUUCUCAGGAGGAUCCAGGAACUGCAUCGGGAAGCAGUUUGCCAUGAAUGAGUUGAAGGUGGCCGUGGCCCUGACCUUGCUUCGCUUUGAGCUGGCACCGGAUCCCUCCAGGGUCCCUGUUCCCAUUCCAAGACUUGUGUUGAAGUCCCAAAAUGGGAUCCACUUGCAGCUCAGGAAGCUCCUGUAAUCCUUGUGUGGAGAAGAACAAGCUCUGAGGGCCCCUGCCUGCCAUCCUGUCUCCCUGUCACUCUCCCCUGCCCUGGCCUCUUGGCCCACUUCCUGCCUCUCUCGGCCCACUUGCCCGCCUACCUCAUCUCCUGCCUCCUGCCCUGCUAUCACACUCUCUCCCUUCUCUUCUCACCUUUCUCCAGGCUCCCUCUCUGUUAUCUCUCCGUCUGUCUCUGACCCCCCUGUAUCUCUGACGGUCCACCUACAUCCUGACCGCCUGCCUCCUCCACUCUCUACUCUCUCUCUCUACUUCUUCCCUUCUGCCUGCCUGACUGUCCCUGGAUUCACUUCCUGGUGCUGUUAAAAUAAUUGACCACAGCCGUAGGGACUUAGAACUGCAGAAAGUUAUUCUGUGAGUCAGAAGUAUCUGACUCUGGAGUCCAAGCCUGCAAUGGGUUCCCCUGGACACAGCCACGAUGGUGGCUGGACGCCCUCUCAGGGAUCUAGCAGAGGAUCCCUCUCUUUGCCUUCUCCCACAUCUAGAGCUGCCAUGCUUGCAUUCCUUGGCUCCUGGGCCCUCGUCCACAUUCAAGUCCAGCAGCAUCUUCAAAUGUUCCCCUGCUCUGUCCUCACAUCACCUUCUCUUUCAUCAGGACCUUUAUGACGACACGGGCCCACUCAGAUAGAACAGGCUUGUUCCCCUCUUCCAGGGACUAGGACGAGCACACCUUGGGCAGCCAUUGCUGUACCUGCUAAGUCCCGUGUCACUGCCAGCGCCCUGGGCCCCGAUCUCUCCCAUGUGUUAUGGGUCUGCCCGUUUGUCACUCACAUGGCUUCCCCUCUUUCUCACUCUCUGAAUAAAUUCACAAUGUC